UGAACUCAGCUGAUGCUGACAUUGACAACCGAGCUCAAUAUCAAUACAAUACGUCACAUUUCAAAGCCACCAACGUUUACAAUCCAAGUUUCUACUGAACUUUCCGUUGCUGUAUACAAUGUGGUGGAACAUGUAGAGUGAGCUGACGCAGACCCCACUUAGUAGAGGUGUGAAGGUCGCUGCGAGCUGACCGUGAUAAAACUCUGUAAUCGUCUGACAAUUGUCAGUCGAGCAUUCAGCCUCUCGCUAUGAGGACUCUUGUCAUGAUCUGCAUUAGCACUUGACACGAUGGUGUAACCCAAGUGAGCAGUUUACGCCCGCUCCUGUUUCCGAAAACUUUUCUUUGUUCGGUUGUACGUGAAGGGGACUAUGCCCGAAUAUGUGGUUCCUAACCGUGAUGGACAUCCUCCUCUCGAGUCUCGUGGUGGGGCCUUGUGUGGUGGGCUUCUGGCGGGGCACAUGGGAGUACAUGGAGGCUUACAGGAGUGCCUUCCCCUUGUGGUGGACCCUCUGGGUCAGUGGGGCCCUCCACUUGGUGUUCACUCUGCUCCGGCAGGAGUUCGCUGAACAGUUCCGGCGGGGCGGUCUCCGAUACAUCAUCAUCUCCCGGUGUUACAUCUACGUCUUCUCCGUCAGCUGCGCCAUGCAGUGGCGGUCCACCUGGAUGAUCCUGGAGGAUUGUAUUAACUGCUACGAUGUCCGCUACAUCCUCCUGGUCACCGUACCCAGCACCCUCGUACUCUUCGCCUUCAGGCUCUUCUGCAAUACGUUGGCACCCCCUUACUGCAUCGCCCUCGACUUCAAACCAGAGGACGUCUUUAUGUUCCCAACAAUGUUCAACAUUUCUGGGACACGAGAAACGUGGCUGUACGUGCUCGACUGUUUCUUCAGUGUGUUUGUGAUCGGCACUCUGGUGGUGUUUGUAUGGAGAGGCUUUUGGUGUCUGCUGGACAACUACCUAUUUCCCGAUCGGCCCGACCUCUCAGCCCUCGGCUCUCUGGCGAUGGGCUAUUUCCUGGUGUUCGCUACGUUCGCGACGCAGCCCCUCAUGAAGGCCUUGGUUUCUCGGAUAGACGGAUUCUGGAGAAUCCUCGCCGUCGACAUUUACCUCAUCUUCUCCUUCUGCGGCACCGUCAACGUCUGGAGGGGUGUGUGGAACACACUGAACAUCUACUUCCUUCCAGAGACGCCGAUAAGGAGCUACUGGGUGUCGCAUGUCGUCUCCUUUGUCCUUCUCAUCUUCAUUAACUCGUCCAACUCCAUCCUGGUGAGGGGUGUCUACAUAGACGCGGAAGAGCAGGGUGCACAGUGCGUCGACUUCCCCUGCUACUACCUGCGUCUCUUCUUCCAGACAAAACGGAAGAAAAAGCUCCUGGCGCAGCUGCAGAAGAGGCAGGUGGCAGCACUGGCGAGGCGAAAGAGUGAAGGAGAGAACUGUUCCGGAGGCGGGCCGGACCUGGAUUUGGGGGCGGUGAACCACCUACAGAAACCACGGGCGUCCAUAGUCUGCCCCACCGACUCACAGAACGUGGUCUAGACAUCUACCUGAGGUCUGAUAAGGGAGCCCAACCGAAGAUGCCCGGGAGAGGAAGGGUGUAGUCUAUAUUCUAGACGAAACAUUCCAUGACGAGUCGGCAUCCAAACACCGCAUAUUGUCGUCUUCAUCUAGCUUGUAACUUCCUAUUUAUUUGUUUUGCAACAAUAAGGAAAACUACAUUAACUAUUUAUAAGUGUCACAAAUCGUUUUGUAAUCCCGAUGAAUAAACAGCUCUUGGAAAAAUAUUAUUUGAUUUUAAAGGCUGCAUCAAAUUAUAUUGUUAAAAUGCAUUUACUUGUGUGGAUAAUACCACACAGUUUUAUUCUGAAAAACAAACACAACUAUAAAAUAAGGCUUGGACAAAAAUAUAAUAACAUACUAUUUUCCAAUGUUUAUAAGACUGGUAAAUUAAGUUAUGAAACUUUGCACAAGGAGAUUUGUUUUACAUUUUAUUUCACUGUUUCAUUAAACCCCAUUUGUAUUAUACCUGUAAUAACAUUAAUAUCAAUAUUUCAUGACACGCAUUGUAUCAGUAACAUUGUGUCCCGAAUUUUUUUAAAUGAAUGAGUUUAACAAUUACUUAAUAUUACCAGUUAGUAGUACUAUAUGUAAAAUAAACGUUGCCUUCCAGUUUGCUAAUUUUGAAUUUUUGUCGCCCUCUUGAAUGUACAUUAGAUAUUUUAAAUCAAAAUAAUAACAUAGAACAUUUCCAAGAUUGUUUUAUUCUGACUAUAAUAAUGUAAAUCGUUUUCCAAUUUUUCAAUCUGUUAAAGAGUUAUUACGACAAUGUAUUGUAAUUUUCUUCCAUAUUACCAGGUUGUAAGUUUUGCUGCCCAGAGUUGAAUUAUUAUUGUUCAUCGAUUCUGCAACCCAAAACUCAUCGUAACAAUAUGGCAAUUAGUAAAUGCCUAAAAUAUGUUUAUUAAGUCAAUGUUGCAUGAGCAAUGUUGCAUAAAAACAACUCUGCGUAGUAAAAAUAAUAAAUUUGAAAAUUGUAUUUUUCAUACCAACAUCUCAUCGGAUAUAAACAACAAAAACUGUUUGUAUACUAACUUUUACAUUUGACUAUAUUUGUAUUUUAAACAUUAAACUAUAAAUCCAUUUUUAAUUCACUAUAAUUCAAAACUAACCAAAUGGGAGGUGGCUUUUAUUUUAUAGAUACAUAUUAAAACUUAACUAAAUGUUUUGUCCUUGACAAGAUUUUUCAUGCGUUCCUUAAUUUUUGGAUCCACUGUAUAGCAUGACAAUUUCUGCAAUAGUCUACAACACAUAAAAUGUUCGCACUUCACAAUUUAAUAUAAUUUCUGUAUAUUGGGAAAAUCUGUCUUAUAUUUAAAAACCCCCAUUUACAUAAAGACAUAGGCAUUUAUGUGAUAAGUACUUUAGCGUAAUUUUUAUGUACAAACUUAAUGUUAUUUAGUAUGUAAGUCAAAAGAUGUAAAUAUUUAUAAUUUAUUUAUAAUCAUUUUAUCACACUUUAAAUGACGCGAGUAUUAUCAUUAAAUUUACCAUAUCCAAAUUUUGGAUUUUUAUACGAUUUUAAUAAAUAAUUAAGUGGCCAGUUUAUUUUUAAGUCCAGCGUAAAAUCUUUAUUUUAUCUCCUGAACAACACAUUAUUUAUAAAAGUGCUGUUUCUUAUUCGUCUUGUAACUUUUCUUCCUUCACAAGACGAAAUCAACAGUAUUAUUAAAUUAGGUAAUCUUUACAAUAACUUCAUAUCAAUUUUCACAACAAAAUAUUUUACAGCUUUAUAUAUUUUACCAAUGUGGAAACACUUGUAAAUACUAUAAGUCUUUAAGUAACGAUGUUUAUGUAUGUUGAUGAGAAUAAAACAUGAUUAUUUAA